AUGGCCCAGUGGAACCAGCUGCAGCAGCUCGACACGCGGUACCUGGAGCAGCUCCACCAGCUCUACAGCGACAGCUUUCCCAUGGAGCUCCGGCAGUUCCUGGCCCCGUGGAUUGAGAGCCAGGACUGGGCGUACGCUGCCAGCAAGGAGUCCCACGCCACGCUGGUGUUCCACAACCUGCUCGGGGAGAUCGACCAGCAGUACAGCCGCUUUCUGCAGGAGUCCAACGUCCUGUACCAGCACAACCUGCGCCGCAUCAAGCAGUUCCUGCAGAGCAGAUACUUGGAGAAGCCGAUGGAAAUAGCCCGCAUUGUGGCCCGCUGCCUGUGGGAAGAGUCCCGGCUCCUCCAGACGGCUCUGUCCCCUCUGCAGCAAGGGGGACAGGCAACGCAUCCGACAGCAGCUGUAGUGACGGAGAAGCAGCAGAUGCUGGAGCAGCAUCUGCAGGAUGUGAGGAAGAGAGUGCAGGAUCUGGAGCAGAAGAUGAAAGUGGUGGAGAAUCUCCAGGAUGACUUUGAUUUUAACUACAAGACUUUGAAAAGCCAAGGAGAUAUGCAGGAUCUGAAUGGAAACAACCAGUCGGUGACCCGCCAGAAAAUGCAGCAGCUGGAGCAGAUGCUCACGGCGCUGGACCAGAUGCGAAGGGGUAUUGUGAGCGAGCUGGCCGGACUGCUGUCAGCCAUGGAGUACGUGCAGAAGAUGCUGGCAGAUGAGGAACUGGCAGACUGGAAGAGACGGCAGCAGAUCGCCUGCAUUGGCGGCCCACCGAAUAUCUGCUUAGACCGGCUUGAGAACUGGAUAACCUCUCUUGCUGAAUCGCAGCUACAGACCCGGCAGCAGAUCAAGAAAUUGGAAGAACUGCAGCAGAAAGUGUCCUACAAGGGUGACCCAAUUGUCCAGCACCGGCCCAUGCUGGAGGAGCGGAUUGUGGAGCUGUUCAGGAACCUGAUGAAAAGCGCUUUCGUCGUGGAGCGGCAGCCCUGCAUGCCCAUGCACCCCGACCGGCCCCUGGUCAUCAAAACCGGCGUGCAGUUCACCACCAAAGUCAGGUUGUUGGUCAAGUUCCCAGAGCUGAACUAUCAGCUGAAGAUUAAAGUCUGCAUUGACAAGGACUCCGGGGAUGUUGCAGCACUUCGGGGGUCCCGGAAGUUUAACAUCCUGGGGACAAACACCAAGGUCAUGAACAUGGAGGAGUCGAACAACGGCAGCCUCUCAGCAGAGUUCAAGCACCUGACCCUGCGGGAGCAGCGGUGCGGUAACGGAGGCAGAGCCAACUGCGAUGCAUCGCUGAUCGUGACCGAGGAGCUGCAUCUCAUCACCUUCGAGACAGAGGUGUAUCACCAGGGGCUGAAGAUCGACCUGGAGACCCACUCGCUGCCUGUGGUGGUCAUCUCCAACAUCUGCCAGAUGCCCAAUGCCUGGGCCUCCAUCCUGUGGUACAACAUGCUGACCAACAACCCCAAGAACGUGAACUUCUUCACCAAGCCCCCCAUUGGGACGUGGGACCAGGUGGCAGAGGUGCUGAGCUGGCAGUUCUCCUCCACCACAAAGCGUGGCCUCAGCAUCGAGCAGCUGACAACGCUGGCAGAAAAACUUCUAGGGCCAGGUGUGAAUUACUCCGGCUGUCAGAUCACCUGGGCCAAGUUCUGCAAGGAGAACAUGGCUGGCAAAGGCUUCUCCUUCUGGGUCUGGCUGGACAACAUCAUUGACUUGGUGAAAAAUUAAAUCCUGGCGCUGUGGAACGAAGGGUACAUCAUGGGGUUCAUCAGCAAGGAGCGGGAGCGAGCCAUCCUGAGCACCAAGCCUCCGGGAGACAUCAGCGGGAAGACCCAGAUCCAGUCCGUGGAGCCGUACACCAAGCAGCAGCUGAACAACAUGUCAUUCGCGGAGAUCAUCAUGGGCUACAAAAUCAUGGAUGCCACCAACAUCCUGGUGUCCCCCCUGGUGUACCUGUACCCAGACAUCCCCAAGGAGGAGGCGUUCGGGAAGUACUGCCGCUCCGAGAGCCAGGAGCACUCGGAAGCUACCGACUCAGGUAGUGCUGCUCCGUACCUGAAGACCAAGUUCAUCUGCGUCACUCCGUAA